CCGGGUGGGCUCCCUGCGUGCCGGGGGCAGGCGGAGCACCAUGGUGGAGAAGCGGUGCCCGCGGUUGCAGCGGGACGGGGUGUACCGCUGGUUCUCCGAACUGCCCUCCCCGCAGCGCGUCGAGUUCCUCUGCGGCCUCCUGGACCUCUGCAUCCCCCUGGAGCUGAGGUUCCUGGGGGCUUGCUUAGAGGACCUGGCCCGUAAGGACUAUCACUCCCUGCGGGACUCGGAAAUCAAGGCUAACAACCCCGCCGACCUGGGCAGCCUCACCAACCUGACGGACGAGGUGGUGCGGAGCAAACUUUUGGUCUCUCUCGCCCUCCUGGGGUCCGCACACCGAGAAGCCGCCGGGGUCCUUUUCCGGACCCUGACCCACAUCGAUUCGGUCAUCAAUAACUACGGGCUGCAGCUCAACGAGGGACGCACGGGGGAUGAGUUCCUGUUGCUCUUCACCAUGGCAUCCAACCACCCCGCUUUCAGCUUCCACCAGAAGCAGGUGCUGAGGCAAGAGCUCACCCAGAUCCAGAAUAUCAUGGCCAGCACCAGCAAGAAUCCCAGCACCUCUACCCUCAACACCAUGGCAACCUACCCUGGCUGCCAUAAGGUUACUCCAAGGUCCGAGACCCCCAUCAACAGUGUCAGUAACAGUUUGGAAAAUGUACUACACACAUCAACACAUUCCAUGGAGGAGUCAUUACCCAAGAGGCCUUCGGGGAAACACUCCAAAGUGAGUGUUGAAAAAGUGGAAUUAAAGGGACUGGCACACAAGAAGAAUGAAAGAAAUGUUGAGUAUUCCUUUGAGGUCCUGUGGUCUGAUUCGUCAGUGACAUUGGUAACCAAAUCUUCCACUGAAGUGACUGAAUUUAUUUCCAAGCUAUCCCAGCUGUAUCCAGAAGAAAACUUGGAGAAAUUCAUUCCUUGCCUAGCUGGUCCAGAUUCAUUUUACCUCGAACGGAACCACAUGGACCUGGAAUCUGACCUGAGGUAUUUGGCACCAUUACCUUCCCAUGUGGUGAAAAAUGACCAUGUUAGAAAGUUCUUCAGCACUUCAUCUCCUUCACAGCAACUUCAGAGUUCAAGUCCUGGCAACCCCUCCCUUUAUAAAGUAGGAACAACGCUGGGAACAUCUGGAAGACCUGUCUGUGGAGUGGCUGGCAUUCAGUCUUCUCAGAACCACGUCCAGCACUCUGCUGCUGCUGCUGCUGCUCCAGUCUCACUCCCCCACUGCUCCCACCCUGGAGGCGCCGGCUCCUCGCUGCCGUAUCGCACCCCCAUGGACUCCUCUGCCUCACCCAUCCUGAUGUCUUCCAGCCCCCAGACCCCCCAGACCCAGGAGCAAAAUGGGAUCUUAGACUGGCUCAGGAAACUGCGGUUGCACAAAUAUUACCCUGUCUUCAAACAGCUCACCAUGGAGAAGUUUCUGAGUCUUACUGAAGAAGAUCUGAACAAGUUUGAGUCCCUUACCAUGGGAGCAAAGAAGAAGCUCAAGACCCAACUGGAGCUGGAGAAAGAAAAAUCAGAGAAACGUUGCCUGAACCCCACGACUCCUCCUUCAGUUACCAGCAGUGGUGUGGCAAGGGUCCCCCCCACCACCCACGUGGGGCCCAUCCAGAGUAUUCGUGGCAACCACGCUGCAGAGCUGCGUGUGGAUGUGGAUCAGCCAGCCCACCCACUGCCCCGGGAGGGCAGCUCCUCCGAGUACUCCAGCUCUUCUUCAAGCCCCAUGGGGAUCCAGACCCGGGAGGAGAGCUCGGACAGCGCCGAGGAGAACGAGAGACGUCUUGACAUUCACUUAGACGGCUCGGAGAAGGAGAAGCCGGUGAUGUUACUGAACCAUUUCACUUCCAGCUCUGCCAGACCCACGGCUCAGGUCUUACCGGUGCAGAACGACGCAGGCUCCAGCCCCUCCGGCCACCACCCGCUGCCCAUGCAAAUGAUGUCAGCGGCUUCUUCCCACAUCGCCCCCAUCCGGAUGCUGAAUUCAGUGCACAAAUCCGAGCGUGGCAACGCGGACAUGAAGCUGCUCUCAUCCUCGGUGCAUUCGCUUUUAUCUUUAGAGGAAAGAAAUAAAGUUUCUCCCGGUCCCCGGGGCAGCAUCAAAAUGGAGAAGAGCUUUGGAAACGCCGUGGUGGACGUGAUGUCUGCAUCUUCUCCCCACCAGCCCUUGCAGGUGCUGUCAGGGGCUGCUGAGGGCAGCUCACCCACCUCUACCAUGAACUUUGGGCCUCGAACUAAAGUCGUACACGCCUCAACUCUGGACAGGGUGAUAAAAACAACUCAGCAGCCAGGAUUAAUAGUAGAAACGAGUACUGCUGCCACCGUGACAUCCAGCACAGUCUUCCACGUGGCUCGUCCACCCAUCAAACUCCUGGUGUCUUCAUCUCUCCCCACUGACCCCCCCAUCGCCGGCCAGACUUCCUGCUCCAGUAAUAUGCAAAUCACGGUGUCCCCUGCAAUAAUCAACCCCAGGACUGCUCUCUAUACAGCCAACACCAAAGUUGCCUUUUCUGCCAUGAGCAGCGUGCCGGUGGCACCCAUGCAAGGCAGCUUCUGCACCAACAGCAACGCUGCCUCCUCCAGCAGCCACCCUUCCACCUCCUCCUUUGCCACCGUGGCCAACCUGCCCAGCUGCCCCGCGCCCAGCUCCAGCCCCACGCUCUCCUCCGCCGCCGCCGACGGCAACUUCUACAGCAGCAGCAGCAGCACCAACAGCAGCAGCAGCAGUGGCGGAUCCACAGGGAGCAUCCCGGGUCCGAACCAGAACCAUCAUCACCAUCACCACCAGCAGCAGCAGCAGCCCCAGCCCCCCGGGUGCAUGGUCUGCAGCUCCUGCGGGUGCAGCGGGAACUGCGGCUCCAGCGGGAUGACCGUCAGCUACGCCAAUUACUUCCAGCACCCUUUUUCUGGGCCUUCCAUGUUUACUUUCCCUUUCCUGCCCUUCAACCCAUUGUGUAGCAAUGGCUACAUCAACACUCAGCAGUACAACAGCAGCACCACCUUCCCCGUGGUCCACACAGCCUACAACAGCGGGCUGACCCCGGACUCCGUCAUGAGCGGGCAGUCCACGUUCGCGGUACCGCCCAUGCAGAACUUCAUGGCAGGGACAGCAGGGGUGUACCAAGCCCAGGGGAUGAUGGGGAAUUCCAACGGCUCCACUCACAAAAAAAACGGGAAUCUCUCCUGCUACAACUGCGGGGCCAGCGGGCACAGAGCUCAGGACUGCAAACAGCCUCCCAUGGAUUUCAAUCGGCAAGGUACUUUUAGGCUGAAAUAUGCUCCUCCAUCUGAAAGUCUUGACUCCACAGACUGAUAUUUUAUCAUCUGGCAAGAAAAUACUGUAAGCCAUGGAGAUCUAAGGAGAUCUGAACACAAAACUGAGACGUCCAGUUGCUGUUAAGCUUAAUGUAUUUUUUAAUCCAAAGGUGCUUUACUUUAUUAGACUAGGUAGGAAAUCUAGCUUAGGGGUGCAUCAGAACCCAUUUUUGAUUGCCAAAUUCAAGAUUUGCUUGGAUCUUGUUGUUGGAACUUCUACGUGGCACAGGACCGAUGCGUGGAGCUGGCCAGCUGCAGUUUCUGUUUGCAAGUACCACAUCUGAUGGAUUUUUUUUAAUUAUUAUUAUUAUUGUUGUUAUUAUUAUUGUUUUGCUGGAGAAUGUUGCCAUCUGUGGACUUUCUGAGGAGAACCAACUCCAGGGCAGCUACAUUCUGAAGUGGAAGCUGGAGGCUGAAGGUAGGAGUGGCCAUUUGCCAGAAGGACUUUGGCACCCCUGGGCUAGGUAAAAUGUCUACUUUUUUUCAAAAGUGAUCAGGCACUAAUCUCUGGGAUUUUUAAGGAUUGCACUACAGAAGAAUGUAAAAAAACUCUUCAAGCUUUCUGCACUUUUAGCAGACAGUGUCACUCUGAGACCAGUGCAAGAGGCAAAGAAGUUCCAGCUUUUACAUAAUUGGCACCAGCAGGCUCUGUGACUUCACUACAAAAUCAAAAUCUGAAGUAAGUCUCUCCUUCCCCUUCCAAAAAGAACACACACGGCAGUUUUGGUUCCUUCUGGAAACAAACUUGUGCUUCGUUGUCUCACUCCUAGGUAGUGCUGGGUUCCCAGCAGUAGAAUAAACUUAGUUUCCAAGGGUCCAAGUCCCAGAGACUCCAGAGUCAUAAAGGCUUCAAGGAUAUUUUCCUGUAACUCACAGAACAACCUUUAUGUCCUGUUACUGUAUAUAGGUCUCUUUCACAGAAACCUCAGUAUUCUGCUUUUGUAAAUGAAUUUUAAACCAUCCUAAAAGAAACCAACUCUGGCAGCAGAGUUUGUAAGCUUUUGCUUUACUUUAUAUUAAAAAAAAAAAUAAUAAAUAAAUAUAAACCUUUUGGCUCCUACCCCAAGGCUUUUGCUACAGGAUUCAGACUUGGGAGAAGUCAACCAUGUAAAAGGUAGAGAACUUCAUUAUUAUCAAGACUUUGAAGGAUUUCUUGCCAACCUCCUUCAUUGCAAUAGAUUGUAGAUGAGUAGCUUUGGUGUUAACUACUUAGCGUGCAUAAUUUGUGGGUGACAAAUCUAAAUUAGGACUUGAGAGGAAGCCAAACGAGUCUUGAACUGCUAAUUUGAAAGAGUUUGGUCCUGUCUGGUUUGAAAGAAGAUCCCAAUCCUCGUGGCUCACCCGAGGAACCUGACAGCAUUGCAUGGGUGAGGCCUUUUCUCUUAAAAAAACCCAAUGUCUGACGUAGAGAUACUUGCAUCCUGUAAUUCAGGAGGACAACCUUUAAAGCCUUGUUUACACUUGGAGGUUAUUUCUCACACCAGUUUAAACCACACCAGGAUGAAUAGGAUUUGUAGUGGGCACAGCUGACUUUCACUGGGAAGUCCCAUCCAAGGAGGAGGCUUGGAAGUGGUGCAGAGCUGCCCCGAGGAGAUGGGGCCUUAGCAAGGAGACAUCAGUGUGAGGGGGUAGCAGAGUGGCUCCACUCCUGAGACCUUCCUGGACACAUCCAUAGGAAAAAAAAACAAACAUUCUGGGCCAUCCUUCAAUCCCAGGGAAUCCAGUGGGAUCCAUGAGCAUCACGGAGAGGCCCCAGAGGUGGCAAGAAACCAACCCAGGUCCAGGUAGUGAUCUGCAGCUCAGAGCAGAUUUGACUUGGUGGAAACCCAAACCUAAAUUUGCAUAAGGUUUGGUUGAUAUAAAAACAAACAAAAAAUACUUUUUAUUUUAUAAAUUCCUUUGCAAUGCAAAAACAAAACAACAACCCCAAGCCCCUCUCUGUGUCUCCUCAGCCUGGCUCCUGUGGAAAUGCUCCUGUUUGCUCUGCCCCUGAGGAGCUGACCUGUGUUCUACCCACCAACCUUCAGCCCCACAACACUAAAGUGAUGAAAACUGACAAUGCAAUUUACUUUGCCUUAAUGAGCUCGAGACAAUGGUAGGAACAAUCUGUCACACUGUAUUUCACUGGAGGAACCGUGCAGUUUUCAGUGACAAUGUUUACUCUUCACAGCUUUUGAGGGUCUCUCCAGUGGCCUGGAACAUGUGCUGAAAGCCAAACCUGAACAUUAUUCUUGUGGUUGUUUUUUUUUUAUUUUCACUUUUUUUAAACAAUAUUUUAAAACUGACUUGUAUUUAAAGAGACUGUGUUUCAACACACGUGCAAGUGUUAAAAAAACCCUCUCAAAAUAGCAAAAAUCGACAGCAAAAAAAGAACAAACCAACCCAAACCCAAGCAAACCAACCACGAUUAUUUCUGUGCUGGUUGCAUUUUGUUUUCAUGCCCAAGGCUGGGCACACAGUCCUGUCUAAUGUUCAUCACAGAAGUCAAAACCAUAAAGAAAAGACUGUAAAAAAAAACCCUGAACUUGUGUCCAGCAAACUGUUGUUCCAUUCCUUUCUUCAGAGCUUUCUUUGGGCUCGUUUCCUUUGUGUAAAGUUGAAAGGCUGAUGUUUCUUCAAGUGGCUUACGUGUCAUUUUUAGGUGAAACGUUUUGAAAUGGUGAAGUCUGGGUUUAGAAGUAAGUUCAGAUUUGGAAGUCUUUGAGUACCUUUAAAGCAAGACGAGUGUUUAACAGAGAAAGGUUUUGAGGAGCCAACAAUCCUGGGGCCUUUUCUCCACACCAAGAAGGAGUUGUGGCUUCAGAUCUGCUGGUGAACUCUGUCCACUUUGGGCCAAGAACAGCCAAAGUUGGUAAGUUUGAACAGAGCACUUUAGUUCCAUAAAAUAAUCUUUGAUCUGUUUGGUUUUUUAAAAAGGCACAAAUCCAUCUUUUUAACACCCCCCCCCCUGGAAAAAAAGAAAAGAAAAUAGGCAGCUUGUUUUAGAAUAGCAGUUCCAGCUUCCCUGGCUGAAAGAACCUGUUCUUUAAACUUAUUUUUAUACGUGGAAAGAUGGAGAUUUCAGAGAAUGCUCUUUAUUCCUAGCUUUGUCCUGGAAGUAGAAAAAGAAUUCGUUCUCAAAAAGGAUUUCACUGUGGAAAUGAUUUUUUGGAAGUUGUCAGCCAGAAGGGAAUCCCAAGUCACCUCCCUGCAGGGGGAGAACUCAGCACUGAAGCCUUCCCUCCAGGGAGUGCUUUGCAUUUGGAGGUGGGAAUACAGAAAAUAAGAUGGAAUUUCCAGCAGGUUGCUCCUUGCACCUGGCAGGCAGCAAAUUCAGCAUGAACAAAGACACCAGGCUGGAGGGUAAGAAGCAGGAGGGUGGAGAGGGAAGCCUCGUUUUUGCCAGUGAGGCAUUGAUCAGAUUUCAGCCAUGCUUUUCCUGAAAAUAACACAUCACACUCCACUGCUGCUCCAACUUUUCCAUACCAUGGUCAUGAAUUUUUGGCAAAUUAAGCACCAGACUUCAGAAAAUGAUGGUUUUUAACAUUCGGACCUUUUACCUUUACCCAAACCUUUGACCAUAACCCAAAAUUGUUUCGUGCUGUUUCUCCCUGGCAAGCUUCAAGGUGAAGGGACUGGAAAAUACAAGGUGAAGUCCCUGGUAUUCAACAGAGCACCACUCCUCCCCAAAAUAAU